AUGAAGAUAUCAGUGUUGUUUGAUGUCCCAAGAUAUAUCACAGCAAGCACGACUGAAGAGGAGGCUGAUGCCGAGGAUGUUGUACACAAGAAGGGAAAACCGAGAUCCAAGAAAACACAAAGAAUAGAAUCAGAUUCGGAUGAGGAGCCAAUUCCAAAGAAAAACAAAAAGAAGAAGGAAGCUGUUGUAUUCAUUGAUGAUUCUGAUGAGGAAACUGAUAGACCCAAGAAGAGAUCAUCAUUAGAUGGCUUUGUGACAGUAACACCACCCAAACCUAAGCAAUCUAGUGCUAAAACUCCUGAGGCAAAGACACCAAUCUCUGCCUCGGAUUUCUUCGGAAGUAGUUCUGUGCAGAGGAGUGAUCGCAAAAUAGCAGCAGCAAAGAGGAAACAGUCGACUGAGAGAAGAAAUUCCAGUGAUGUAGAGAUGCAUGAUGACGAUGACUUUUCGAAGACUCUGUCCCAGCUUGAUGACGAAGUGCUACCCAAGAAAGUGAAGAAAGAGUCGCCCGAUAAAGUAAAUGGAGAAGGAGACAAGAGUCUGUCAAGGAAGCUGUCAAGUCGUAUGAAGACCUUGGUGGAAGACACUCCAGAAAAACCCAGCAAGAAAUCUACUGUCAUUGUGCCUGACACACCUAAAAGUGGGAAGACUUCUCCACUCAAGAAGCCGUCACCCAAGAAGUCACCAGUCAGAAGCAACAUGGUCUUCACACCAAAGAAAUCCCCAGUGAAAACAGAAAGCAAGAAAACAUCUCCCUCGUCACCUAGUCCUUCAAAGACUUCUCCCAAGUCUACCACCAGUCCCAAGGAAGGAACUCCCAAGCUGGUGAACCGAGCAAGCUACCGGGCGUACCUCCACCGAGAAGGUCCAUCAGCCCUCGGCUCCAAGGAAAUCCCAGAGGGAGCUGAUAACUGUCUGGAGGGCCUGACAUUUGUCAUUACCGGGGUACUGGAGUCACUGGAACGGGAGGACGCCAAGAGUCUUGUAGAGAAGUAUGGCGGCAAGGUCACUGGUUCUAUAAGCAAGAAAACCAGCUACAUUGUAGUUGGGAGGGAUGCUGGAGAGAGCAAACUAAAUAAGGCGAAUCAGUUCAAGACACAUCAGCUUGACGAGGAUGGUCUCCUGGAUCUGGUUCGAAAGAUGCCUGGAAAAAAGUCCAAGUACCUGGUGAAAGCAGAAGAAGAUGCCAAGAAGGAAAAACUAGAAAAACAAAAACUGGAGAAGAGAAAAUCAGAAGAAAACAACAAUGUUCCACAUAAAAAAGAAAAACAUUCUGAGGAAUUAAGCAAAAAAUCUUCAAAACCAUCACCAUCCAAAUCUGACCAAUCAGGAGAGUCGUUACUGUGGGUGGACAAAUACAAACCAACCAGUAUCAGGCAGGUCAUUGGUCAACAAGGAGAGAGCAAUGCCAAGAAGCUUCUCGGUUGGCUGCGGCAGUGGCAUCAUAACAGAGCCAGUGGAACCAAGCCGCAAGGUAAAUUCUUUGGGAAAGAUGAUGGGUCUGGUUUCAGGGCAGCUCUUCUCUCUGGGCCCCCGGGUGUUGGGAAGACCACAACGGCAACACUUGUAUGUCAGGAACUUGGGUUCUCCUAUAUUGAGCUGAAUGCAUCAGACACACGGUCAAAAAGAAGCUUGAAGGAAUUUGUGGCAGAGGCACUGAACAACACAACACUGGUGGACUUCAUGGGUCCGUCCAGGGCUGACACAGGAGGCCACAAGCACUGCAUCAUCAUGGACGAGGUGGAUGGCAUGGCUGGUAACCAGGACCGGGGUGGCAUCCAGGCUUCGGCUUCCUCGAAGCAGCUCCGGCUGCUCGGCAAAGCGCCUAACUCCACCUUUGCCCUCGCCGCGGAAAUCCCCUGCGGCAGCGUGCAGGACCUCGAGGAGGUCUACGGAACGCUGAUGCAGCAGUCCUUGUUGUACCGUAAGUGCCGUGCGCCAGGCAGACUUACAUGUACAUGUCACUGUAGCAAUGGUAACGGAAGUGAAGGUCUGCAUGAUGUUCGUCAGUCUCACUGUGGUAUUGGUUCACAGGGAGCCAUGAUGUCCAUGAUCUACAAAGAGGGGUUGAAGAUCGCUCCACCUGUUCUUAACGAGAUCAUCUUGGGAGCCAAUCAGGAUGUCCGACAGGUGAUCCAUAACCUGUGUAUGUGGACGGCCACAGACAAGACACUCACCUAUGAACAGGCCAAGAAAGACGCCAAGAAUGCAGAGAAGGACUACAAGCUGAGUCCAUUUGAUGUGUGUCGGAAGGUGUUUGUUGGAGGAGAGGAGACGGCCAAGAUGACGAUCCACGACAAGUCUGACUUGUUCUUCAAUGACUACUCCUUCACACCACUGUUUGUGCAGGAGAACUACACAAGUGUCAUUCCAUAUUCUGCAAGAGGCAACACAUCGCGGCACCUGUCGGCAUUGGCUCGUGCAGCAGACAGUAUCUGUGAUGGAGAUCUAGCCGACAGGAAGAUCAGAUCUUCUCAAAACUGGAACCUGCUCCCAGCACAGGCCAUCUUCUCCAGUGUGAUCCCCGGGGAAGUGAUGCGGGGCAGCUUACCCCAUAUGGUGCAGUUCCCCCAGUGGCUGGGCAAGAACUCCAGCCGGAACAAGACCGAUCGCAUCAUGCAGGAGCUCCGCACUCACAUGAGACUCCAAACCUCGGGCGACAUGAAGGGUCUAAACAUGGAUUACCUGCCUGUGAUCCGACACGUGAUGACCCACCCUCUGGUGCAGCAUGGCGGAGAUGGGGUCAGGGAGGUCAUCGACUUCAUGGAUAACUACGACAUCAUCAAGGAAGACUUUGACAACAUACUGGAAAUAACGAAGUGGCCAAACAGUUCCGAUCCCCUCAGUAAACUGGAUACCAAGACAAAGGCAGCUUUCACUAGGACCUACAACAAGGAGUCUCAUGUGACGCCUUAUGCCACGGGGGUCAUGUCUAAAAAGAGGCGUGGUCGAGCCCCUAUUGCGGAAGAGGAUGACCUCAUGGAUGGUGAGGACAGGGCAGCGAUGGCAGUCAGCUCCGAUGAGGACAAUGACGACUUGGAGGCUGACACCAUGAUCAAGAAGGGGACGUCCAGCAAGACGGCAGGGAAGAAGGGAGGUGAUGCUGCAGGGAAGAAGGGAGGUGAUGCUGCAGGGAAGGGGAAGGCUGGGGGGAAGGGGAAGGCUGGCGCUGGGGGGAAGGGGAAGGCUGGCGUUGGAGGGAAGGGGAAAGGCAAGGGGAAGGGCAAGAGCUGA